AUGUCGGAUAAAAGUGACUUAAAAGCAGAGCUAGAGAGGAAGAAGCAGCGCCUCGCCCAGAUCAGGGAGGAAAAAAAAAGAAAGGAGGAGGAGAGGAAGAAGAAAGAGUCAGAGAGCCAGCAGAAGAAAGAGGUGACCCCAGAAGAUUCAGAUUUAGAUCGCAAGCGCAGGGAGACGGAGGCCCUGCUACAGAGCAUUGGGAUCUCCCCAGAGCCUCCUCUAGUCCCAACUCCUAUAUCCCCCUCCAAAUCAGUGAGCACGCCCAGUGAGACGGGCAGCCAAGACUCAGCUGAUGGAGGUGCGGCAGGCAGGUCAGGUUUCUCUAAAAACAAGUCCCAGGCAGAGACCGCAAGGCGGAGGAUGCAAAAGCUGGGAGCCUCAAAAAUCACACAGGUAGAUUUCCUGCCAAAAGAGGUGGUCUCUUACUGCAAGGAGACACAGACCCCGUUCUGCGCCACCCUGUCUGAAGGCUCGUCCGCGCUGUGA